AUGAAGUCGGGCUCGAAGGCUGAAAGAACAUCCUUAUCGUCGAGAGAUGUCUCCAAGACGGAGAACUUAUUCCAGCGGCUUUCAGUCGACGCCGCAGCGGCGUUGGCAGCAGCAACUGCUGUAUCGCCUGUGAUGACCUUGAUCGAUAGAGCCGUCACAGAAUCAGCAGCAGGCCAAACUUCAAUAGCCAGCUCGGUUCGAGACUCGUUGAAAUCCCUCGCGCGACAACCGCAGACAUUCCUCUUCAACAGGCCCAUGGCUUCCAUGUUCCUGCUGUACAGCUUGACAUAUCUGACAGCCAAUACCGUCGAUACUCUCUCCUCAUAUUCGGAAAAUCUUCCUGCUUCUUCAACAACAAGCAGCACGACCAAGUUCGCAGCGGUGACAGCCGUGAAUGUUGGGCUGGCGCUAUACAAAGACGCUACGUUUGCGCGAUCGUUCGGGUCUCCUGGGUCGAAGUUGAGGGCGUUGCCGGCGAGCUGUUAUGUCCCAUUUAUCGUCAGGGAUGGAAUCACGCUGGGCGCGACGUUCAACGUUCCUGCUGCGAUCGCGCCGAGCCUGCCUGAGGGACUGGAAAAGUACAUGAGUCGACUGUCCAUUGCGCAGCUAGCGGCUCCGGCGGCGAGCCAGUUUCUUUGCACGCCUUUGCAUUUGUAUGGGCUGGAUCUGUACUAUCGAAGCGGGAAGAUGCCAUUGAGGGAGAGGUUCGAGUUUGUGAGGAGGAUGUGGUGGUCAUCUUCUGUUGCGAGGGCGUGUCGAGUGAUUCCAGCGUAUGGAUUAGGUGGCGUCCUGAACAACGACGCUCGGAAGUAUAUGAUGGAGAAGAUAGAGUAG